AUGGCGUCACUGGAACCUCUCCCUCUGCUACCUGCCCAGACGCAUAGUCGUCUGGGUCGUUCACGUUCGCGCUGCAGCACGCAGAAUCGACUCACGCUCACCAGAGAGAACAGCCGAUACAGCUCUACUGCCAACUUGCUCGACUGUCAUCUCAAGGAUAAUGAAACUCCCUACGAGCUGAACACGUGGAGAAGCAUGAUCCAAAUGCCAAUCACCCGGAAGCCCGUACUACAGAGGUCGGACACGCAGAGGAGCAGAAGAACGUGGAUUGAACCUCUAGAUAAGAUUCUGAAGGAGCCUGAUAUGUGGAACAAUCCUUUCGAGGGACUGUGCCCACAAUAUGCUAGGCCAAAUGCUUCCGUAACAGAAACGACGCUCUUACCUGAGCGCGACCCGACAUUUGAAGUUACAUGGGCCGAUGUUGGCACUGGCAUGCCGCGGAAGUGGCCAGCCUGGUAUCGCGCCAUGAGCCUGGUAUUUAUCUCGUUUGCGACGCUCGUGGUAAUCAUGGCGUCAACAGCAUACGCCAUUGGCAUUCCGGGCAUGGCAAAGGAUUUCGGCACACAAGACAGAACAAGACUCACUCUCGGCGUCUCGACCUAUCUGUUCGGACUUUCUAUAGGGCCGCUCGUUCUGGCUCCAUUGAGUGAGAUGUACGGACGGCGCCCAGUCUACAUCGUGUCAUUAUUCUCAUUUGCGAUCCUACUCAUCCCUUCAGCUGUCGCACCGAACCUGGUCACUAUUCUCAUUACGAGGUUCAUGGCCGCAUUCAUGGGAUCGGUUGUAAUGUCUAGCGCCCCCGGGACGCUGAACGAACUUGCUGACGAGGAAACGAAAACCGUGUAUUUUUCAGUGUGGAUCCUUGGGGCUGUCAAUGGGCCGGUCGUGGGCCCAAUCUUUGCUGGAAUCAUCUUCCAAUAUGCCGGCUGGCGGUGGAUUCAUUGGUUUCUCGUCAUCCUCGCCUUCACCUCCUGUAUUGUCAUGGCGACUAUUCCGGAGACACACGGCGCCGUUAUCCUACGCCGGCGAUGUGAAGAAAUGAAGAAGCAUGACGAUGGCAGAUACUGGUGCACCCACAGCCAGACAAUCGCAUUCUCAGAACGUCUCAAGGUGAGUAUGAGUAGGCCACUUGCGAUGGCGUUUACUGAGCCCAUCUGCCUUUUUUGGGACUUCUUCGUUGCCAUCAUAUACGCAAUUCUCUACCUCUGUAUCGUUGGAUAUCCAAUCGUCUUUUCUCAGAUUCGCGGAUGGAGUCCAGCUGUAGCGAGCCUCCCCUUGCUUACCUUCGGAUUCGGGGCCAUCAUUGCCAUCUUGGCAGAUCCGCCGCUUCGGUCCCUGAUGAGGGCGCUCAGUCCUCCCGACACCAAGGCCAACCCAGAUACCACGCUGCCAAUCAUCAUCGCGGCAAGCAUACUACUCCCAAUCGGACAGCUACUCUUCGCUGUCUCGGCGGCACCGCCCAACUCCGCUGUCGUCCCCAUUCUCGCUGGUCUGCCCUUGGGCAUUGGCAACAUGUUCGUCUUUCUCUACGUCACCAAUUACCUGGCUGUAUCAUACGGCAAGCACGCAGCAAGCGCACUCGCCGGCCAUGCAUCCAUGCGAUACUUUUUCGCCGGCGCAUUGCCACUGCUGGCGCCGGUUGCGUAUGAUCGGUUGGGACCACUGAUCAUUGGACUGGUGCUGACGGGGAUUUUAAUCACUCUUGUGAUCAUCCCGGUGAUAUUCUUCAAAUGGGGCGACAAGCUGAAAGCAAGGAGUAAAUUAAUAAGCUGUAUUCAGACCUAG